GGUUAUAGUACUCCUGUGCUGGCAUAGCCUCCGGUAAACGAGCUGAUUUAGGUGAAUUUAUUUGCACUAGCCAUUGGUAAUGAACAGAAUGAAUAUUGAAGGCAAAGUUGCUCUGGUCACAGGAGCUGGACAUGUUAAAGGAAUCGGUUAUGCUAUAGCGCAUGAACUGCUUAGGAAGAACGCCAAGUGCGUGGCAUUAUUGGAUAUUAAUGAUUUACCAGGACACGAGGCAAGGGAUGAAUUGCGGAAACAGUUUAGUAAAGCAGUAAUAUUAUAUAUACACUGUGACGUCAGUUCAAAGUCAAGUCUAGAAGGUGCUUUCGAAAAAGUGAAAUCUCAUUUUGGUUGUAUUGAUAUCGUUUGCAAUAAUGCUGCGGUCCCAAAUGAGACUGACUGGGAAUCAACAGUGAACGUGAAUUUAAUAGGGACUAUCAGGGGUACAUAUCUGGCGCUUGAUCACAUGGGAGUAUCACGUGGUGGUGGAGGUGGGGUCGUCAUUAAUACAUCAUCUUGUCUGGGCAUCAUUACAAGGCCUUAUUCUCCAGUAUAUGGUGCAACAAAACACGGCAUAGUGGCAUUCACACGUAGCAUUGCGGAUAACAAUACGUUUAAAAAAAAUAAAGUCCGCGUGUCAGCCAUAUGUCCUGCAAAAAUGGAUAGACCAAUGCGUAAUGUUGGCAGCACCAUGAUUCCUGAUUUUGAAGAACUCCGAAAAUACGCGGAUUCACUUUCAUCAACUCCAAAAUCACACAUCACAGACACCGUGGUAAAGCUGAUUGAGAACACUGAAUAUAAUGGUACCAUAUGUGUUGUACUACCGGAUGACCCGAUGAAGAUUAUUGAACCUCAAACAUUAACAUUAGUUUAA